CGGGGCACGUUUAGUGAGACGUCACGCUCCGCGCUUGACAGUGCGCAAGCGCCGUGGCGCCGGAGCCUCUGGAAGUGUACCCAACAUGGCGUCUGAGCGCAAGACUAAGUUAUCCAAGAACCUGCUGCGCAUGAAGUUCAUGCAAAGAGGCCUGGACUCGGAAACCAAGAAACAACUAGAAGAGGAGGAAAAGAAGAUGAUCAGCGAUGAGCACUGGUACCUGGAUUUGCCGGAGUUCAAGGAGAAAGAGAGUUUGAUCAUAGAAGAGCAGAGCUUCUCACUAUGUGAAGAUCUCCUCUAUGGAAGGAUGUCAUUCAGAGGAUUUAAUCCUGAAGUUGAGAAGUUAAUGCUUCAGAUGAAUUCUAAGAACAAAGCAGCUGCAGAAGAAGACGAGACAGUGGAGGUGGAUGUGUCGGAUGAAGAAAUGGCAAGAAGAUAUGAGACUUUGGUGGGAACAAUUGGAAAAAAGUUUGCCAAGAAGAGGGACCGAGCCAAUUACGAAGAAGAUGAAAAUGGAAAUAUAAAACCCAUUAAAACAAAGAAGAUGUUCUUAAAGCCCCAAGAUUAAAAUGGAUGCCUCAGAUACAGCAGCUGCCUGUGAGCACACCAUGGUUUGAAGUCAUCCUUGUGGUUAAUACUCCAAUGUUUACCUGUAAAGAAAUGCAUAAUUUUGGAAAUAAUGCUGUUCUUGAAACAGAUGUGUAAUGGAUGUUAUACAUCCUUUUAAUGGUAUUCUUGAGGGCUUUCAAAUGUGUGGGCACAUGCCACUCCCUAGAUUUUUGACCUGUUUUUGAUUUGUGUGUAUGUACACACAGACAGGACACAUAUGUACACCCCUCUAGUAAUUGUCCUGGAAUGACUGUUAGAAACUCAUUUUUGCCAUUGUAUAACUGCCCUUAAAUUUAUAAUCUACUUUUUGAAUCAUGUCAAGCCAAUUCAUACAUUCACUUCAGACUCAAAUUUUUGAGAACUUUACAGAAGUGACUCACCAGGAGCAGAUAUGCCUCUACAGCCUGAACUGUCUGCAUGCUGCUGGGUCUUUCUCAUCUGUGGUAGUGUGGUUUUUGUUUAUUUAAUGCAGUCACUUGGGAUAUUUUUUAACGUUCUGUAAUAAACAUCUGUUUUCAUAUACUUUUCUGUUUUUUUACACUUUGAAAAAAUUUUAGUUUUAUUUAGUAAUACAACCUUAUGCAAAUAGUAAUUUGUCAAAAGACUGACCAUUAAUUGAGAAUAUACUGACAUGUAAGAUUAAACCACAAAAGGUUCCUUGUGUUGGUUAAGAACAAUUACCAUCUCUUAGGGUACAGCUCGAUAGAAUUUAGCACUGACUAGACCCUAAGUAAUCAACACGUGGAACUGUCUGUACAUCUGUCUGUGUGGAGUUGUGUGCUGAGGACUUCUGACAUUUUGUUACCAUUGAUAAGGAAAGGACUUGCCUUUCUGUAGACUUCAUCUGUUGUUUGACCUCAGCUCUGUGAGUUAUAUGUUGACUGUGCUAUCCAGUCAAGAAUACUCAGGUAGGCCUAUGACCAAAGAGAUGGACCCAGUCUCCUAGAAACUGAUCCUGUACCAGCUGCGAUUCUGCUUACUUUGAAGAUACUUUUUGUACCACAGACAUUCGCAAUUUAUUAAGGAUAAAUAAAGAUGAAUUUCUUAUGGUA